AUGGCGUCAUUAUCCUCCUUCACAGUGACCAUCACCAGUGCCGCCGAUGACCAGGAAGUAGCUUACCUGUCUCGAGCACGCAUAUUGCACCGCAUUCGCAUCGGCAUAACCCUGUUACUCCUCGGGGCAUCCGCAGGUGUCGUCGGUACUGAAGGCGCACCUUUGCACUACUACAACGAAACCAAAGCGUACUCAAGUGCGUGGCUGCCACUUUGGCCUCUGAAUCUGGACGUUCGUCAGACAAAUGCUCUACUGGCCUGUGGAGUGGUUAUUUUGUUCCAGUCAAUUGUCUAUAUCAUCGUUGCUGCGUUUCCUUCGCCCCGUCCCCGCCUUCGAUUACUCAACUUACUCUCCACGGCCGUCGGAGCAACAGGCCUCGUCACAGCCAUCGUUGGCGUAGCCUUCUCCAUCUACCUCCCCUCCGCCACAUAUCCAGAAGGUUUCACCGUAAGCGAAACCAUCCACAGCUGGACCUGCAAAUGGAAAUCCAUCGACAGCAUCAGCGGCGGUAAUAACCAGACACUCUCCGCUCCGGCCAAUUUCUCGCGUGUUUGCGCCGAGUCUCGAGCUGGAUUUGUUUUGUCGGGUUUGUUGAUUGGUUUGGAGAUUUUUAUGUGUGCUGCUGCGGCUGCUGGGUACAUGCUUGAUAUGAAUGUUUCGAGGCAGCGCAAGUCGUCGAAUGCGGAUGAGUUCCAUGUUAUGGAGCCGAAGCAGUAG